CACGCAGUGUCUGAGCUUCCCUAUUCACUCGGUAUUUUCUCUCUCUUUCAACAACCGAGGACAAGCCCAAAGAGUGGAGUAGAGAGAGAAAGCAAAAAAUGCAAUACAAGAACUUGGGACGAUCGGGGCUGAAGGUGAGCCAGCUCUCCUAUGGAGCUUGGGUGAGCUUCGGAAACCAAAUCGAUGUGAAGGAGGCGAAGUCGCUCUUGCAGUGCUGCCGUGACAAUGGAGUCAAUUUCUUCGACAACGCAGAGGUCUAUGCCAAUGGCCGCGCUGAGGAGAUCAUGGGCCAGGCCAUACGUGAGCUCGGAUGGAAGCGAUCCGAUGUCGUCAUCUCCACCAAGAUCUUCUGGGGCGGCCCCGGACCGAACGAUAAGGGUCUAUCCAGGAAGCACAUCAUUGAAGGCACUAAGGCCUCCCUCAAGAGACUCGACACGGACUACGUCGAUGUCAUCUACUGUCACAGGCCAGACUCAUCAACACCGAUUGAGGAGACUGUUAGGGCAAUGAAUCACGUGAUUGAUAAGGGGUGGGCUUUCUAUUGGGGGACUAGUGAAUGGUCAGCACAGCAGAUCACUGAAGCAUGGGGGAUUGCGGAGAGGUUGGAUUUGAUUGGACCAGUUGUGGAGCAGCCAGAAUAUAAUCUAUUGUCUAGGCACAAGGUUGAAUCAGAGUACCUCCCAUUGUAUAGCAACUAUGGCAUAGGCCUUACUACAUGGAGUCCACUUGCGUCUGGAGUGCUUACUGGAAAAUACAAUAAGGGGAACAUUCCAGCUGAUAGCCGCUUUGCAUUGGAGAAUUACAAGAAUCUAGCAAGCCGAUCAUUGGUUGACGAUGUGCUGAAAAAAGUUAAUGGACUGAAACCUAUUGCUGAUGAACUGGGUGUGCCUUUAGCCCAACUUGCAAUAGCUUGGUGUGCUGCUAAUCCCAAUGUUUCAUCCGUCAUUACUGGUGCUACGAAGGAGUCUCAGAUCCAGGAGAACAUGAAGGCUAUAGAGGUCAUCCCAUUACUGACUCCUGCUGUGAUGGAGAAAAUUGAGGCGGUUGUUCAAACCAAGCCGAAACGUCCAGAUUCGUAUAGGUAAGCACAAGAUAGUUCAUCAGCUCGCUCAUAAUGCAUCCAGCAACAGAAUCUUCUUGAUAUCUGGAAAUUAUUCUCCUUCCUCGUGUUGUUGCCUGUCAUGUGUUUGGAAUUUGUAUGUGUGGACAUUUGUAGUAUGUUAUUGAUUAUUGGAACUGGCUGAUUUUUGCAACAUUGAUAAUGAAUUGAUGAGAACUGGGUUUAGAAAUGUCAAAUCUGUUUGAUAA